UUUCGAGCGGAUAUUCCUCGCGUGGCCCAGAAUCCUCGCAAAUACCCGUUGGCCCAUUUGGUACCCGAGGUUUCGACGGCCCAACCCACGCGAUUCCCCGUUGAUCCAUCAGUUUCCACGCGAUUCCCCGUUGAUCCAUCAGUUUCCACGCGCUUCAGAACCCUCGAGCCCCCCUCGAGGAUUUGCUCACCCGACUCACGCCGCCGCCCGACUCCUCCCAAGACGCCACCGCCGACUCCUCCCAAGACGCCGCCGCCUACUCCUCCCCAAGACGCCGCGCUGCCUCGACGCCUCGACGCCGGCGAUCUCCUCCGGCAUACUGGACUUCUCCCCAGUGGUCCCACUGAACCAGGUUGAGAAGUGGAACAACCAGAGGGAGAAGGAGACCUUUGCAGGGUCCCUCGAAAUCGUCUGUUUGAGAGUCUCCUCGGUUGCUUUUGUGUCUGCGCUACUGCUGACUUGUAGUUGGAAUUUAUGCUCCUGUCAUGUACUCUCUUCAAACAAUCGCUGCGGAACAUCAAAGGGGGAUUUGAAGGAUGUGUGGCUAGAGGGGGAUUUGAGGUUUCAAGGGGAUUGGGUGGAAGAGGGGGAUUCACCAAAUCCCCUGGAAUCCUCUCCUCCCAAAACCUCCACAAUCCCUUGUGGUCAAACAAGGCCUAAAGAAAAAUAGCAUAAGAUCAAGGCUACUAGCGUGGCACGCCAUGUAGUACUACUUUGGAUUUGCUAAGAAAAAAAAAGUGGGGAUUGCAUCCCCACGUGGAGACCUCAAUCAUCCUACGCAUUUGAAGACAAGAGGAGACCUCAAUCAUCCUACGCAUUUGAAGACAAGAGGACCAGUAUUACUACUACUCUCAACUUGGCACGAUUUUUCAGAUCAAAUCUUUUGUCAAAAGCCAAAGCAGCAUUAUGCAGUAUCCAGCACCAGCAUCUACGUUUAUCCGACAAAAACAAAAUCAGGUGUUAUCCCUCCUAUAUAUUUUAUCAGGACAUUUUAAUUCCUCUGAGCAUCAUUACACUGCCCUAUUGGUGUUUUUAUAUACAGGAAAAAUUAUUGUUAUACUGCGGGUAUAAAGCACGCACUGGCAAUGUUCUACAACGGCGUUUUCCUCCGUGUCACAUUACCUGAUGAACGGACGGCCGGUUCACACAUCUGCACCAGUUUACAAUGCGGAGGACAACUUGCCCGUCCGCACCGGCCUAUAAUAUCGCGGCUGACUCAUCUGUCUGCUCCUACGGCGGACUCACCCAUGAUUAAUUUCCGCUUCACCAUUGUGAUCAUCAACUCCGCGGUGGAUAAUUUCUAGCCUAAUAUAUCAGGUGAAAUCCAUCCAGUAUACUUUUAUACUCCCUCCGUUCCUUGAUAUAGGGUGUAUAGUUUUCUAGCACGAAUAUUAACGCACGGGCUGGGAGAGGAGAUUUCGUUGGUUUUGGACAUAAAAGCCCCUGGUGCAAACACGUGAGACUAGAGAGAAAAAUAGGAAAAUCAUGAUCCUCUCUAUCCCAGGCAGUUUACUUCCUUAUUUAGAAUAACAAAAUCCCACAAUAUCCUCUCUGACUUUACUCUCCCCUGAUCGCUACCUCUCACUCGUCCCCGCGCAUUUUCCCGCGAGCGACAUGGCGCGCGCAGCUUCUUUACUCUCUCCCGCGCUGCAUAAAGGCAAAAGCCUCGGCCAAAUUCAAAAUUUCUGAAGAGUCUGUUCAUGGAAAAAUUUCAGCACUGGAGGGAAUGACAAUGGCGCCACUAUGUGAAAAUUUUCGUUUUCAAAUUGAAGAAGAUGGGGCUAUAAAUCCUCCCCUCCCCACCUCGCCAUCUCAUCAUUCUCUCUCCCGAUCGCCUUCCCUAUCCCCCACUCGCCAUCUCUCUCUCCUGCUCGUCAUCUCCAAUGGCUGGUCGCCGCUACGAGUGGAUCAACUGGGAUGGCCUUGGCAACGAGGCGGAGGAGGAUGCGGCCGAUUUGAACUACGACUACGAGUGGGUCGUACCCGACCAAGAUGAAGACGUGGCAGAGAGUUCCCACCGGCGUUGGGGAGGAAGGCUUGGCCUGGCAGGUGGAGUAAGGGGUCGGGACGUGGGACUUGGACGAGGAAAUGCUGGUCGAUCAGGACUUGGACGAGGAGGCGCUGGCGGAUCAGGACUUGGUCAGCGUGUACGUUCAGUCGUGAACCAAGCAAUGGUGGGGGGAAAUGGUGAGGGAGGCGGCAGGGAGGACGACGGGCAUGCACGCGGCAGCGGCGACCAUGCACGCGGUGGACGCCGGCUUGGACUUGCGGGGUCAAGGCGUGGCCCUAAUCCGGUGACAAGGUGGCCUGUUGAUCGUCCAACUGUAGAAGCACAAGAGAAUGGUGGAGUUGGUGAUUCUGAGGAGCAUGUAGAACAAGAGGCAGAUAACAAUGUGGAAGGCGAUGGGAAUGGAGGAGCCUCAGGUAAACUAUAA